AUGUUGUGUAUUAAUGGGCUAAAUUUAAGGCAAUGCCUCGUUUUCCUGGUUCUGAUCAACCUUUGUGGAUCACUGCCGAAGACUGCUCCACCUCUGAAGCCAGAUUUUCCUUUUGCUUUCAUGUGGAAUGUUCCAACUGAGCUCUGUGAGAGAAAAUUUGGGAUCAGCCUGGACCUGACAUACAUUCAGCUUGUGAGCAGCACCUUGAAGACAGCAACCAACCAAAGUAUCACCAUUUUCUACACAGAUAGAUUUGGCAUAUUCCCCUACAUAGAUGAAGACACCGGAGAGGCACACAGCGAGGGACUCCCUCAGCUCAUAAAUUUCAAAGAACAUGGUGAACUAGCUGAAGAUGACAUAACCUUCUAUAUCCCUUCUGACCAACCUGGCCUUGCUGUCCUGGAUUUUGAAGAGUGGAGACCACAGUGGGUACGAAACUGGGGCACCAAGGACAUCUACAGGCAGACGUCAAUCGAAAUGAUUACACAGAGGCAUCUCUUUCUCUCUCACAACGAAGCAGAAGAUAUUGCCAAAAGAGUGUUCGAAGCGGCGGCCAAAAAGUAUUUUUUGAAAUCCUUGAAUCUGGGAAAAACACUUCGUCCAAAGCGUUUGUGGGGUUACUACCUAUACCCAGACUGCUAUAACUAUGAUUACAAUAAGGACAUGAAUGGCUAUACUGGUCAGUGCCCUGCGAUUGAGAAGAAGAGAAAUGAUGAGUUGCUCUGGCUUUGGAAGGAGUCCACAGCUUUGUACCCCUCCAUAUACCUGGAGCUUGCGCUGAAAGACACCAAUCAGGCAGCUCUCUUUGUUCGUCAUCGUAUGCAGGAGUCAAUGAGAGUCUCCAUGCUGCCAAAUAAGGACUACGCAAUACCCAUCUAUGCCUACAUUCGUAUUGUGUACAAAGACGGUGAUGAAGACUACUUGUCUAAGCCGGACCUGGUGCGUACUAUCGGGGAGGCUGCUGCUUUAGGAGCCGCUGGCGUUGUGUGCUGGGGAGAUAUGAAGGUCACGGAGACCAAGGCCACCUGCUCCGCUGCUCAACGCUAUUUGGAGAAAACGCUGAACCCUUACCUCUUGAACGUCACUACGGCGGCGAAGCUGUGUAGUACCGCCCUGUGUAAUAACAACGGGCGAUGUGUAAGGAAGAAAUGGGACCAGAGUGAUUACCUGCAUCUGGACCCGUCCAGGUACCGGAUCAAGUGGUCAAUAACCGGUGAACUGUCAGUGAAGGGACGUCUGUCUCAGGAAGACGUUGACUGGUUUGAUAAGCGGUUCGACUGCCUGUGCUACACUGAUGAUCCUUGUUACUCACCUACAAAUUUGAACAAAGAGUCCAACUUUAGAUAAAUCUGUUCACCUCUACCUGACCUUAGCGUGUCUCUUUUUUCCUGUCAGCAAGCAUAAACCACAAUGUCUCUCUAAUUUUCUCUAAUUUUACUGGUAACACAGUAAAUGAACAGGGAUCUAAUACAUUUGAAUUCACUGAUAGGUGCAUAAGAUUAAACACUUUGAAAGUCAAACUAACAAGAAUUUUUUGUAAAUAUAAAAUGGAAUGACAGAGGGGGGAUUUUCCCUAGACCGUUGCCACAAAGUUAGAAGCACAGAAUCAUCUAGAAGAUUUCCCUUCGCUGGAACUAAGGGCCUAGCCCAAACCAUGAAAAGCAGCCUCAGGCUAAAGGGUGUCCACAUACUUUUGGUCAUAGAGUGCAGUGUCAAUCAUCACUUACCGACUGUCUGUACUCUACUCCCAUUGGUGGCUUCAGGUGAAGGGCCACUGCAACCCUUCUUGCAUGUCCAUGGGGGCAGUACCUGGGUGCCUGUAUUAUGUUGUGAAGACAAGGUGUUAAUGAGGUGCAGGCCGCCCAGGGUGGGCAGAGGUGUUUGUUGCUGCACUGUGUGGGUUUGGGUAGUGGCUUUUUGUUGACUGGGCUAAUAAAGACGGUAAAAGAUCCUGCCACUGUUGAACGGGUGA